UCUAUUUUGUUAUUUUAUUUAUUAUAAUUUGCAAAAAAGGCUGUAUCAAAUACCGAUUUUUAAUCGCCGUGGGACGGGAGCCGUUUUUUGGGACGCAUUGGGAAAUAAAGUUCAUCUAAAUUGUUUUUAAAUAAUUUUAAAAUCUGAAAAAACUCGCUACUGAACUGCGAGGCCAUGGGAGUUCCGAGUCAAACCCUUCCGUUCCCAUGGAUUCCAACACUCUGCGAAAGGCUAUCGAUUCGUCGGCAUCGCCUUCAAAACUCGUCUUGUAUUCUUUCUGGCAGAGCUCGUGCGCGUGGCGCGUUCGCUUCGCUUUGAGCCUAAAAGGGCUUCCGUACGAAUACAGAGCGGUUAAUCUUGCUAAGGGAGAGCAGUUUACCCCAGAGUUUGGGCAGUUGAACCCUCUUCAUUUUGUUCCAGUGUUAGUGGAUGGUGACUUGGUUGUUUCAGACUCAUAUGCAAUCUUAAUGUAUUUGGAAGAGAAAUACCCUCAGAAAGCCCUACUGCCAGUUGAUCCUCAGUUAAGAGCUCUCAAUCUGCAGGCUGCAAGUAUAAUCAGCUCCAGUAUACAACCCCUUCAUAUGAUAUCAGUGCUGAAGUUCAUUGAAGAGAAACUUGGUUCGGAAGAGGGACUCUCAUGGGCUCGAUAUAACAUAGAGAAAGGUUUCAAUGCUCUCGAGAAGUUGCUGAAAGAUUUUGCUAGCAGAUAUGCUACCGGAGAAGAUGUAUUUAUGUCUGAUGUUUUUCUGGCCCCACAGAUUGCUGUAGCCACAGAGAGAUUUAAAAUUGAUAUGGCCAAGUUCCCUAUUUUAAGUAGAAUUAAUGGAUCGUAUAUGGCUUUGCCGGAGUUCCAGGCCUCAUCGCCAGAGAGACAACCUGAUGCUAUCGUGUAAUUUUUUUUUAAAUCUAUUACAUUGCUCUAUAACUAAGUGAAGUUUGCAUGUCCAAUUAAACUAGUGUAUCUGCUUUGUUGCUUUUGCCAUUUAUUUAAACAUUUGGAGCUCUUUCUGAGGAA